AAUAAAUUCACCUGUCAUAGCUUUGAGUUCUCAGUUCUGGGGCAGAAAACCCUCAUUUAGUGGCCAUGGCUUUAAAGGCAACACUGACUUGGCUUUGCUCACUUGCAGUCUUGUCCUCCUGUGUGGCUCAUGAAACUAUUCCGCUCAACUGCAGCUCACAAGCUGAACUCUGGGAACGUUUGUCAGCUGAUCUCAGUGUGGCAGUAGAGUGUGGCGAAAACCCACCAUCUUCUUGGACUGCACAGCAGACAGCUGCACUGGAGCUCUACAUGAGGAAUCUGACGGAUACUCUGCACAAACACCAGCUGAAAGAAUGCCAAGGAUCUGAGCCAACACAAUGCAAGGAAGCUGAAGUGCCAAAAAACGGGGGGCUAGCAUGUGCCACUGUUGCCAACAAACGUUACUGCAAACCCAUGUGCAACUAUGGUUAUGAUUUUGGUUUUCUGAGAAAAAGACGUGUUUUUGAUGAAUGUAGUGGGCAAACAGGAUAUCAGUGGCAGAGCCAGUACGUAGGAGGAAACAAGCUGGCUGAGUGCAUCGAAGCAUCUAUUCAAGUCUCAGGAGCAACAACUGCAUAUUUUCCAAAAGAUCAGGACUGCAUAACAACCAAGAGCAGCAGUCAAAUGCAGAAUCGCAUCCGUGAAGAUUUUACUGCUGAGCUGAAGGGUAAAGGCAUACAAGGAGAGCUGAAGUAUGCCUGUCUUGUAUGCGGUUAAACAUGACAGAGAACCGUGUCAUGAAAAUGGGUAUAAAAGGACCUCCUGCUGCAGUAAAAACAUUUUAAUAAAUACUUGAACAUGGA